AUGUCAGAAGGUAAGAAUAAUAUACAGUACACCAUCAAAAAAAAGAUAUCAUCUCAACAAUCAUUAGCGACUCUUAUGAUACGUGAAGGCGAGGAAUCGAGACAUGGUUUCGCGGGAACACUAAUACUAUUGAUAUCACUGUUUUGUAUCGCCUGUACAUUACCCCUGAGCCUAUUUAUUUGCCUAAAGUUAACGGACAUAAAUUGA